CGAAGUAAAAUGUUCACUCCAUGCUAUUUGACCCCGUAAAUUAAAUUAUAUAAGACCAAAUACCGUGUUUACGGAAACAAUCCCCAAAUUCUAGACGCAAGUUGUUUCAAAUAAUCUCAACACACGCUGCGAAUCUUCCAGAGAAGAAUUAUGAAAAGUCUAAACUUUGUAGUUAAAUACAAUUUCCAUCAAAAAUGUAUCACUAUGGUUGCUUUAUUAAGCUUGACUUUAUAGACCAAAGGAUAUAGCACGGAAUGGUAUAUUCUUCGAUAUUUUGUCGCAAGCGACAUUUCCCACACUAUAAAUUAUUGAAUUUUGUUCGUGCCACUCAAGCCAUUAAUUCAUUUGUUAUCUUAUAGUUAGGAUAUUGUUAAUAAUACCCAAUAUUGAUUUUUAGCCAUAAAUGGUUUCAUGGACCAGUAGCCAUGGUUCCACAAGCAUUUUUUUUGUUUGUAGCAAAAUACAACUUAUUUUCCACAAGUUGAGCUUUUUCUAUGAAAUAAUAAAAUUUGAAAAUAUUUAAUUGUAAUUAGUUCAAUUAAAGAAUUUUUUAAUUUUCUAAUAUCUGCUUCUGUUUUAAAUUCACCAAUUAGCCUAAAAUCAGCUUCACUUAUAAUUGAGCAUAAAGUAAUCUUUUUUAAUAGUUCAAGUCACGAAAGAUAUUGAUAUUUAAAAUAGAUAUACUCUAACAUAAAUAUCUAAAUCCAUACAAUUGUUUAUGGUUAGUUUCUUUCUAAACAUGUUAACGCGAAACAAAAAGAUCCAACAGCUCCAUAUUCUUCUAAUGCUGUUAAUUACACUGCCCAGUACAUUUGUUACCGGAAAAUUAAAAUUUUCAUUUGACGACAUCAAGUGUGCACCAUUCAAUGGAUAUGUUGAACGUUAUUCGUGUUCAGUGGACAAAAUCACCGACGAACCUCGUCUAAAUGUCGACGUCCAAAUGAAAAAAGAAGUCCAAUCGAGUUAUAUUGAUUUUAUCGUUAAUGCCAAGGCGGCAAAUAGAGAACCAAUAACAAUAUUUAAAGCUGAACGUAUUACGUAUUGUAGUGCUCAGGUUAAACAAAUUUCUGAUCCUAUAUUUAUGACAUUCAAGGAAAUGUUUAAAAAAUCUGGAACUCUACCAGAAGGUUGUCCUAUUCCAGCUAAUUUCCGCUACCUCCUUAACAAUAUAACUUUAGACACAGAUUUAUUACCAUCGUUUUCUCCAGCUGUAAAACUUAAAAUUGAUCUUGUGUUUUAUGAUAGAAAAUUUAAAUAUUUUGCAGCGACAACUUUAGCAAGGUUAACUCAUUUAAAAAAGAAAACCAAGGGUAAUAAUAAAAAUUAACAAUUAAAAA